GGUCCAGCCAGGACAGUCAUUCUCGUCCGAUCCUCUGUCCCGUCUCCUCCAACAUGGAUCCUAAAAGCAUGAAAGAAGAUCUGCGUCUGUUUCAGAGCACCUUACUUCAGGAUGGCCUUAAAGAGCUGCUGAACGAGAACAAGUUCAUUGACUGCAUUCUGAAAGUAGGAGACCGAAGCCUACCCUGCCAUAAACUCAUCUUAGCAGCCUGCAGUCCUUACUUCAGAGAGCUUUAUUUCUCAGAGGAUGGCAAAGAAGUGGACACAAAUAAAGAGUUUGCCAUGGAGAACUUGGACCCCACAAUAAUGGAGAUGAUAAUCAAUUACUUGUAUUCAGCAGAGAUUGACAUCACAGACGACAAUGUACAGGACAUCUUGGCCAUGGCAAGCCGUUUUCAGAUCCCGUCUGUGUUCACUGUGUGUGUGAAUUACCUGCAGAAGAAACUGUCACCCACCAACUGUCUAGCUAUGUUUAGACUGGGCCUGGUGCUCAACUCCCCGCGUCUGGCAGUGGCAGCACGGGACUACACAGCAGAUAGAUUUGAAACCCUGGCCAAGGAGGAGGAAUUCUUUGAGCUUACUGCGCCUGAACUCCUGGCCAUCAUCGGCGCGGACUCUCUGAACGUAGAAAAGGAGGAGGUUGUGUUCGAGUCCCUGAUGAAAUGGAUCAGGAAAGACAAGGAGAACAACGUCAAGAGCUUAGGUGAGGCCUUCGACUGCAUCCGCUUUCGCCUGCUCCCAGAGAAGUACUUCAACGAGAAAGUGGAGAAAGAUGACAUCAUCAAGUCGGAUCCUGAGCUUGUCAAGAAAAUCCAAGUCAUCAAGGAUGCUUUCGCUGGAAAACUGCCUGAGAAGAAGAGGUUAGAAGGCGAGGAAGGAGGAGAGGAGAGCGUGUUGCCUAGAUACCUGAACGAUACCCGCAGACACGGCAUGUACGGCAGGGAUUUCAUCCUGAUGCUCAACGACACGGCCGCUGUGGCCUACGACGGGGUUGAGAACGAAUGCUUCCUGGCCGCCAUGGCGGAGCUGAUACCACGAAACCACGUGAGCUUAGCAUCGAAGAAGAAUCACCUCUAUGUCCUGGGAGGACUGUUCGUAGACGAGGAGGAGAAAGAUGCUCCGCUACAGUGCUACUUCUAUCAGCUGGACAGCCUGGCUGCUGAUUGGACAGCUCUGCCACCUAUGCCCUUCCCUAGAUGUCUGUUCAGUAUGGGGGAAUUUGAAAAUCUAAUCUUCGCUGUAGCUGGCAAAGACCUCCAGUCCAACGAGUCUCUGGACUCAGUUGUGUGUUAUGAUACUGACAAAAUGAAGUGGUCUGAAACCAAAAAGUUGCCGCUGAGAAUUCAUGGACAUAGUGUCGUCUCUGAGAAUGGCCUCGUGUAUUGUAUCGGAGGGAAAACUGAUGAAAACAAAGCAAUCAAUAAGUUGUUUGCAUACAACCACAAGAAGUCCGAAUGGAAGGAGUUGGCUUCUAUGAAAACGCCGAGAGCCAUGUUUGGGUGUGUCAUUCACAAGGGCCAGAUUGUUGUGACAGGAGGAGUCAAUGAAGAGGGGCUCGCAGCUGAAUGUGAAGCCUAUGACUUUGGGACCAACAAGUGGGUGCCCUUCCCAGACUUCCCACAGGAGAGAAGCUCGGUGAACCUGGUCAGCUGUGGAGGGCUGCUGUACUCGGUCGGAGGCUUCACCAUGAUGGAGACGGAGAACAAGGAGUGUUCGCCCACCGAAGUCAUCGACAUCUGGCAGUAUGAAGAAGACACCAAGCAGUGGACUGGGAUGCUGAAGGAGAUGCGCUACGCUGUCGGGGCUUCCUGUGUGACUAUACGUCUGAACGCAGCAAAAAUGCCCAAAUUGUAAACAUAAACACAUGGCUGCUUUCGUCAUUUUUAACUGAA